AAAAUAUAAACUUCCGUCCGCCAUGUUGCAGUGAGACAGCGAGUUUUUUUUUUUGAGAGAAGUUACGGUUUCAAUUUGUUGCAACCAUGUAUUCUGCGCACUCUUUCGAAGAUAAUGGAAAGAUGAGGGAUUAUCACUACACUGGACCAGUAGAGCAUAAAUUUUCCCCGUAUGCGUUUAAUGGAGGAACUGUGCUGGCGGUGGCGGGUGAAGACUUUGCGAUUGUAGCUUCAGAUACACGCUUAAGUGAGGGCUAUUCAAUUCACAGCCGUGACUCUCCAAAAUGUUAUAAACUGACAGACAGGACAGUGAUUGGCUGCAGUGGAUUCCAUGGUGACUGUUUGACACUGACCAAAAUCAUUGAUGCAAGGCUGAAGAUGUACAAGCAUGCAAACAAUAAGACCAUGACCAGUGGAGCCAUUGCUGCCAUGCUAUCAACAAUUCUCUAUGGGAGGCGUUUUUUCCCAUAUUAUGUUUACAACAUUAUUGGUGGCCUUGAUGAGGAAGGUCGAGGAGCAGUAUAUAGUUUUGAUCCAGUUGGAUCAUACCAAAGGGAUACUUACAAAGCAGGUGGGUCAGCAAGUGCAAUGCUGCAGCCACUGCUUGACAACCAGAUUGGGUUCAAGAACAUGGAGAAUGUGGAGCAGUUACCCCUAACCCUGGAGAAGGCUGUGCAGCUGGUGAAGGACGUGUUUAUAUCCGCUGCAGAGAGGGACGUCUAUACUGGAGAUGCCCUCAAAAUCUGCAUCAUCACAAAGGAGGGCAUCCGAGAAGAGAUGGUGCCUCUCAGGAAGGACUGAGGACCCUUCUCUACCAUGCCAGAACUAGCCUGUUUUUUGUUUGUCAGGAAAUAACCAUACUUCACUCUGGAUUUUUUUUGCUCCUCUGUUCUUUUUAUAUUGUCUCAAUAAUUAAAAGAAAUACUACAAAUA